AUGUCGUCCGUUUCUUGGAUGGCCGAAAAGUCUUCCAAGGAACUGAUUCCCAUGCUCAAAAAUGCUUAUACCGCUUUAAAGAACAAAGAACGAGAUUUACUGCUCGCGGCCGAAAUAGGAAAGUCGCUCUUGGAGAACAACAUCAAAUUAAAAACCAGCUAUGAAGAUUUACUGCAUCAGUCGGGGCAGUCACCCAUUGCCCCUUUACCGACACCUUCUUCUUCUCUUGGCACAUCCACCGGAACAGUUUUACAAGGAGAUUCCGAUUCGGGGAUUGAAUCAUCCCAUGACAGCGACCCAGAUGACCACGACCUGGAUGAAGGUCGUGGUAUGCGAUUCAUUCCCUCCCGCAGCACUCGCGAAGCCAUGAUUGAAGUCCUCGAACGCAAAAAUGCCGAACUCACCGAUAAACUGCAACAAACCAUGCAUGAGCAAUCCACCCUCGAUCGAGCCAAUGCACGUAAAAUUCGUGAAUGCGAGGCCGAAAUCACCAUGCUAAAGAACGACUUGGAUAUCGCUGCCACAAAGAUUGCCGAAUUGGAGGAAAUGAAUCGUCGUCAAAAGCAACUAGAAGUAGACACCAAGCAAACUGAUGUCGAUGAUGCAGUGGUGAACGAACUGUUGGAUAAAAUUCAUACCCUCGAACACGAAAAACAAGCCGCCAGCCAUUCCAAGGCAGUUCUCGAAGACAAAUUGGCCGCCACACUGAAAGAUCUGUGUCAUCUGAAGCAACAAGUGGAGGAUUUUCAGUUCACGCAAAAAGACCAUGAAUCCCUUCAAGAAGCGUAUCAGCGACAGUUCCAUCAUAUCGCAGAACUCAAUGACAGUUUGGAAGAACAUCGGAUCGUUUUGCAAAAGCUGCGAGAUCGUGGUAUUCCUUUGCACUCCACUCGCCCUUCACCUGCACCCAGCCAGUAUGGAGAGGAUGACUCGUCACCAUCCAUACGCCCGACGCUGUUGGCCGAACUCGAAAAUGAGUGGCUAAAAAAGAAUCUCAAAAGUUCGAGCUCAUCCUCCGCUGCAUCCUCAGCACCAUUCUCGGCCUCUUGGCGCGAAUCAUCUGAAAAUGCAUUUUCAAGGUUUCACACGUUGAAAGAUUUAUCGCGUCUCACGGAACGGUCGCUGAACGAUAUUUACAACUUUUCAACUGAUGCCACUUUAGACUUUAUCUUGUCAAGAACGAGCGGCAUUGAUAAGGAAGCAUUGGACGAUGCUAUCCGUUACGUUGCUCGCAUGGAAGACGAACUAAUGCAAGAUCGAGCCGAAAUCGGUUUACAAAAGGAGAAGGGCGAGGAUCCCAUUACAUUUGAUAUCUUUGACGGAUAUCCUCGUGAAGGACUCUAUCCUGAACUCAUGCCAUCCGAUCAUCAGGUGGAAUGCAUGGUGAACGAACCUCGCACCUUCAUGGCUCGAUUGCGUAAAAUCCUCCAGCACUUUUUCCAUCAAGUGUGGCGUUGGUGUCGCUUUGCCAUGAUACUCACCGCCGCCAUUGUCAUCAGCCUUUGGAAUGGACCAGAUUGUGUCAGCAAGUAUGAUUAG